UUGGUGACUUUGAGUGCAUCGAUGACACUUUUUACACAGUAAUUGUACUUGAAUAAUACAAAGUCUGCCAGUACACAAUGCUGUAAAUACUGUUAUGUAUGAGAGCAUGCAUGUGUAGGGUUAGGUUUUCACUAUUAAUGUGCACCUUAAAAAUCAUGUUUCCCCUUCAAAAAACAUUGUAGAUGAAUUUAUAGGGUAUAUAUAUUCAUUAAUUUAUGGAUAUUUUCAAACAAUGUAAAUGCGGAGCAGGAUAAUUGGUGUGAAAAGUAAGGUUAUAUGAACAAAUCAUAGUAGAGAAAAUAUUCUACCGAGAUUUCUUCCAGAAAUCAUGUCUGAUUUAUCGAGGUUUUCAUCUAGAGUCUACUCUGGAAACCUGCUAGAUUUGAAAAAUCUCGGUAGCUUUCAGGUACUUUCUCGGGAACGCUGCUACCAGGGUUGUCUGACAAAAAUAUGUACAGCAAUCCGCCUGUUCGAUCAUUUAAAAUACAGUCCGUAGAUGUUUGCUUAUGUGUUUCCAACUCGCAAGUCUCAUUGCUAAAUAUGUUAUUAACAAUUGAGUGAAAAAAACGCGAGUUGUUUGCUUAUAAAACGAAAACUACUCAAUCAAUAUAAAUUGUGUAAAUGGAAAAGUUGUAGAGUAUUUAAUUACGAAGAGAAUGAGACGUCGAAUAAUCCGAUCGGUUGAUUAGAACCGAAAAUUCUUGAAAAUUCAUAACAUUGUUAUUUAUGAAGAUUAAGAGCUGAAAUUUGGCACAGAAGUAGAUAGUUAUAUCAAUUUUAAGUGUGCAAAAAGCAGGCACUGUCGGACCAAUAGUUUUUGCGCAAUUGCAAUUUCAAUUUUUUAAUGCACUUUUUUGUCGGGAGCCUUCUUGCUCUACCAAUGGUCAGAUUUUUAUUUUAAUACCAGCAUUCAAAAGUAUAAGUAAAAUAUUAAAAGAUGUAUAUUCCAAGUUUUUGUUGAAAUGCAUUGAAAUGGUCGAAACAUGCAGUUGAAAAUCGGCAAAAGCGGCCGAGCGCGCGCGAGCGUGCGAAGAGUGAGGGAAUGAGGUACGGAAGCUUGUAGUGACCUCUGCAGUCGCGCACCAGCUCGGCGCUUUCGUUUAAACAAAUGUAAGUCGCGCAGCGCAGCGCGGCGCGAGAUAUGUUGUUUGUUUGACCAGCUUACACCAUUAGACCUUGAAAAUAGCGACUUUCUCUAAUCUUAUAUUAAUAAUAACUUAUUCACAGUGUCAUAGGUUAAUUAAAGAAAAUUGAAUAAUUGAUCUUUGAAAGCUAACCACGUAAGUAAAUUAUACCUACUAUGAGAUCAGCUUUUAUUCAAAUCUAACCUCAGAAUCUCGCGUUUUAUUAUUAAUUCAGAAAAAAUUAUGGAAGUGGACAUAACGUGUGAUGGCUACGAAGAGACGUGUGUAGUUUUGGAAGAUGGCUACAUACUAAUGUCCUAUUUAGAUUUAUACCCCAAAUCAUUCAGUAUUUUUUAUGAAAAAAAUGGCAAGUUAUAUCCUACUAAAAAAGAAGAAAACAAAUUUAAAGCCGUUGAUGGUAUUUCGAAAUACAAAGUUGUGUUCAUGCCAACUUCAACCUCAAAAUCAUCUUUGACUGAGCAACAGCAAAUAAAAUUUUCAGAUAUUAUGAGUAACAUACACGAUUUCAGCGAAAGCAGCAAUGACAAGAAUAAACCGAAGGUCAGGCCUAAAAUUGGUAAAAAGAAAACCGCUUUGAAAAAAUGGGUAAAGAAAAGACAUUGUCUCUAAUACAAAAUCGAGAGUAUUUUUUUGAAGAUAUUUUAGCGGAGGCUAUUAAGCUGUUUUCUAGGCCUGCAACACAAGAGUUUUUUAACAGUGACAAAAUGCAAGUUAGGCUGGCUACCAAGGAUGGUGCAGUCCUAAAUGAUUUUGAGACGAACGGCAAGAAGCAGGAUCUAUGGUCUUUUUUUGAGAACAAACCAAGCAAUGGUGAUAGAAUACAGGUCAGUUUAGUAACUACUUACUUACAAACUAGUGAACUAAAAGAAGUUUUAAAAGAUUUGAAGAAUCUUAAUAGAAAAGAGAAAACAAUAGAGGAGCAC